AUGACUGAAAAUGGUUGCCUUUGGAAUACUUGUAAGGCGAAUUUAGAAGGUACAAUAGUAAAGCUACAGAAAAAACUUAAUGAAACAAAGAUUCUGGCCCAUGAUAAUCAAGCCAAAAUAAGGAGAGAAAAAGCUGAGUUGGAAGAUAAUUUUAAUCAAUCCAUUAAUGAUACUAAACUAUUAAAGGAAAAAUUGGCUGAAGAUAGGCACGCGUGGGAUACUUAUUUGUGGUCUCAAUUAGGACAAGAAAAAAAUGAGUUGGAAAAGACUCUUAAAGGGCUACAAAAUGAACUCGAUGAAAUUAAGAUUUUGAGAAUAAAAGACCAGGAGCUGUGUAAUGUGCUAAGAGAAGAAAACAAUCGUUUAGGAAAUAAAUUGAAACAAAGCAAUGACAGGAUUGGUAAAUUAAAUACAAAAUUUAAAGAAGCGGAGCUAUUGUGGGUUCGUAAUAAGGACCAUUUGGAAAGCAGACUUGCGGAUGUGCAGUAUGAGAAAGAGACAUUGAUCCAGGAAUAUAGAGCUCUGUGGGCCCAUUUAAGAGAUGAAAAAUAUGAGUUGGAAGACAAAGUGACAGAAUGCAGUGAUAAGAAUAAGGAAUUGCAUAAACAGAUGAGAGAAGAUUGCCGCUUUUGGGAAGCUUGUAAGGCAAAAUUUGAAGACUCUGCUGCAGGGCUACAAAAUAAUUUUAAUCAAUCCAUUAGUGAAACUGAACAAUUAAAGGAAAAAUUGGUUACUUGUAAGGGAGAAUUUGAAGUUACAAUUGCAAAACUGCAAAAUGAGGUUAAUGAAGUGAGAAUGUUAAGCCAUAAGCAUGAGGAUUUGUGCUCUCAAUCAGAACAUAAAAAAUAUGAGCUGGAAAAGGCUUUUAUACGGGUAAAAAAUGAGCUUGAUGAAACAAAUAUUCUGAGACAAAAAGACCAAGAACUGCGUAAUGUGCUAAGAGAAGAGAAUAAUCGGUUAGAAAAUAACUUGAAAGAAUGCAAUGAUAGGAUUCGGGAAUUAAAUAGAAAAAUUAAAGAAAAUGAGCGGUUGUGGAUUACUAAUAAGGCUGAUUUUGAAAACAAAGUUGCAGGUCUGCAGCCUGAGAAAGGGAUAUUGAGCCAGGAAUAUAAUUUUCUGUGGGCCCAUUUAACAGAUGAAAAAGAUGAGUUGGAAAACAAUUUGAGAGAAUGCAACGAUAGGAAUAAGGAAUUUCAUGCGCAGAUGAGAGAAGAUUGCCGCUUGUGGGAAGCUCGUAAGGAAAAUUUUGAAGAUUCUAUUGCAGGGCUGCAAAAUAAGCUUGAUUUGAUGACUAAUGAAGGAAGAAUUUUGAGCCAGGAAUACGUAGAGUUGUGCAUUGAAUGUGAAUUUUUGAAGGCACAGCUGGGAGAUUAUAAUGAUAUACUAAGCUCUAUGGAAGAUGAAACAUGGAACCUAAUCUCUCUCUCAGAAAGCAAUGCAAAGACAGUGGAAGCUUUGCAAACUCAAGUGCAAUUGAUCACCCAUGAACAAACACAUUUGAGCAAGAAAAAUGAAGAACUGACUACAGAAAAUGAAUCUCUGAAAUUGAAAUUGGAAGAACUGACUUCUGAAAAUGAGGGGUACUCACUUAGAUCUACGUCAGCAAGCAGGGAGGAGGCUUUGAUUCAAGAAAAUGGUUUAUUGAAACAACAAGUCCAUGAGCUUCAAAAUGGGUUUCCACUGAUGAAAGAUUAUGAAGGGGUUUCCACUGAUGAUAUGCUCGACUCAGCAUCACGGGAGAGGCAAUUACUCACAUCUCUAUCAGAAACCACUGAUAAACUGAUGGAAGAUUUCAUUAUAGAGAAUAGAACAGUGAAACAGGAAGCCUUUCAACUUGAUCAAGAAAACCAACAAUUACAAAAGGACAUAUUGAGUAAAAAGUCAUUACUUCACACAAAAGAUGGCAAAAUUGGAGAUUUGAAUGCAAAAAUGACUGAUCUUAAGAAUGCGAUUGAAGUGUUGGAAGAGAUUGGAAGAAAAAAUACUAAAGUACUGAAAGAAAAUGGAGGUGUAAGGGAAGAGCAAGUGAAGAGAAAGGAAAGCGAGGAGAAAAGGAAGGAGUGUAGUGGGAAGGUUUCUUGGUAA